CUGGGGGAUAAAAGGGGCACCCGUAUUCCCGUUCCUCAGAGAGCUGCGGAGUCUCUCUGGCUGUGCGGGGCCCUUCUCUGCUGCCGCAAUGAACCGGACGCUCAGCAUGAGGGCAGGAGGGGGAGGCCGAUCCUACAGCGCUGCCUCGGCCAUAAUUCCAAGCAGCAACAGGGCUGGCUUUAGCUCUGUGUCUGUGGCACGAUCAGGAGGAGGAGGCGGCUUUGGGAGGCUCGCUGGAGGAGGUGGUGGCGGCAUUUCUGGUGGAGGUUUUGGCAGCAGGAGCCUCUACAACCUUGGUGGUAGCAAGAGGAUUUCCAUCGGGGUUGGAAGCAGCUUCCGAGCUGCUUUUGGAAGUGGAGCUGCUGGUGGCUCUGGCCUGGGAGGUGGCGGCGGAGGGGGUGGCUGUGGGCUUGGCAGUGGUGGAGCUGGUGGUGGGCUUGGGCUGGGGCUUGGUGGUGGAGGAGGUGGAUUUGGCUUUGGUGGAGGUGCUGGUGGUCUUGGCUAUGGUGGGGGCCAUGGAGGUGGUGGAGGGUUUGGCUUUGGUGGACUGGGGGGGCUGGGAGGAUUCCCUGCAGGGCUGGGUGGUGGCAGGAACCCCACGGGAUUUUCUGGUGGCCCGUCUGGAGUGGGUACAAUCCAAGAAGUGACUGUAAACCAGAGUCUCCUGGCACCACUGAACCUGGAGAUAGAUCCAAACAUCCAACAGGUGCGGAAAGAUGAGAAGGAGCAAAUCAAGACCCUCAACAACAAAUUUGCUUCUUUCAUUGACAAGGUUCGCUUCCUGGAGCAGCAGAACAAGGUGCUGGAGACCAAAUGGACCCUUCUGCAGGAGCAGGGCCAAAAAAACAAUUCCAGCAAGAGCAACCUGGACCCGCUGUUCGAGGCCUACAUCAACAACCUGCGGCGGCAGCUGGCCAACCUGCUCAACGAGCGGGGACGCAUGGAUGGGGAGCUGAAGAACAUGCAGGACCUCGUGGAGGACUUCAAAAACAAAUAUGAAGAGGAAAUCAACCGGCGCACGGCGGCAGAGAACGAAUUUGUGGUGCUCAAGAAGGACGUGGAUGCUGCUUACAUGAACAAGGUGGAGCUAGAGGCCAAGGUGGACGCCCUGAGUGAUGAACUCAAUUUCCUUCGAGCCCUCUAUGAGGCGGAGCUGGCCCAGCUCAGCGCCCAAAUGUCCGACACCGCUGUCAUCCUGUCCAUGGAUAACAACCGGGACCUGGACCUGAGCAGCAUCAUUGCUGAAGUCAAAGCUCAGUAUGAGGACAUCGCCAACCGGAGCCGCGCUGAGGCCGAGGCUUGGUACCAAACCAAGUUUGAGGAGCUGCAGGCCACGGCUGGGAAACACGGUGAUGACCUGCGCAACACAAAGGGUGAAAUCUCAGAGCUCAACCGGCUCAUCCAGAGGAUCCGCUCGGAGAUAGAGAACACGAGGAACCAGUGUGCCACCCUGCAGACGGCCAUUGGAGACUCAGAGGAGCGCGGGGAGAUGGCCCUCAAGGACGCCAAGGCAAAGAUGAUUGACCUGGAAGAUGCCCUGCAGAAAGCCAAGGCUGACAUGGCCCGGCAGCUCCGGGAGUACCAGGAGCUCAUGAACGUCAAGCUGGCCCUGGACAUCGAGAUCGCGACCUACAGGAAGCUGCUGGAGGGCGAGGAGAGCAGGCUCAGUGGGGAGGGACUGAACCCCAUCGGCUACUUCAUCAGCUCCAGCUCUGGCAUUGCUGGUGGAGCUGGCUUAGGAGGAGGAUUUGGUGGACUGAGCCUGAGCGGAGGAGGCGGCGGAAGUGGUUUUGGCCUUGGAGGAGGAGGUGGAAGCAGCUUUGGUCUUGGAGGAGGUGUUGGAAAUGGUUUUGGCCUUGGAGGAGGCGGCGGGAGCAGUUUCGGUCUUGGAGCUGGUGGUGGAGGAGGAGGAGGAGGAGGAAGCUACAGUUUUGGAAGCGGAGGAGGACUUGGACUCGGGGCUGGAGGUGGUCUUGGAGGUGGAUUUGGAGGAGGGAGUGGUCUGGGCACUGCUGGCAGCUACAGCCAUGCCGGGGGUGGCAGCAGCGCCCUGAGCACCAGUGGAGGGAAUUUCAGCUCUGGAAGUGCAAAAGGCACCAACCCAGGUGUGAAAAUCGUCUCCAAAACCUCCUCCAGCAAAAAGAGCAUCAAAAGCCAAAGCCUGAAGAAUGCCACAGAGCCUGAGUAAAGCCAAGCCCAGACCCUCCUCUGUUCCUUCUGCCCACCGUUCUCCCCCACCUCCACCCUUCCAGCUGCCCCUGCCUUGUUCCUGCUCUGUAGUUCUCACACAUUUGGAUCUCGGGUCAAGAAAAGCAGUGGAACACACAGAAACCAGAGCUCUUCAAGUGCCUGGAACAGGAGUUAAAGGAAAACACGGGCCUAAGUGAUUGUUCUGAAUGGGGAAUUGGUUUGGUUUUCCAAUUGUGUUUACUAAGGCCAAGAGUUUGUGAUUGUGGCCACCCACAGCUAUCAGCUAAAACAGAGCAAAUAGCAGGGAAAGUUUUAGCUCAGUUCUGGCUUCUUCAUCCCAGAAACCCAGGGAUGGGCUGGGAAUGUGUGUUUAGCUCACCCUGCUUUGUCUUCACUGCUGGAAUGAGCCCAACUUGCUCCUUCACAAGAGAAGCUCAUCUGCAUCAGAGGUCUGGGUUAUUUUUCUGCUGUCUAGAAAUACCCCUGGAGGCUACUCAAAGAUCCCAGGCAGUGGCUUGCAAUGUCCCUCUUAACAUUUUCUUCAUCCUGAGUCACUCUGGUGAGAUGGAAAAUCCCUCUUUCCUCCAUUCACAGCCAAGUUUUGAAAGAUACGAUUCUUCCAGAUAUUGUCAAGUUUUGCUGCUGAGUCAGCUCAGGCACUUGAGCCUGACCAGGGAUUCGGAGCGCUAAUGUUGGAGCAGCAACCUGAGAUCCCUCCACCCACAGAUGAGAACUCAGUGUGCCAUGAGCUUAUCAAAAACCUUUUCCCAAAUCACUCUCCCAUUCCUGUCCUUUCUCUUCUUAAAUGAGUUUGCCCACAGUGGCCCUUACGUGUAACUUUGAGAGUGGUUUUUGUCAGAGGAUUCACCAGUGAUUGAUCCCGAACCUAUGAAAAAGGGCUUGCUUUCUAAAUUAUAGGAUUUUUAAAUUCUAAAUAAUGUCUGACACAGUGAGUCCUUCAAAAGCAUGACCUCUGCUUGCUGUUAAAUGGGAUUUCUGUCCUGUCCCAUGCAAGGUUUUGAUGGAAUGUCUUCAAAUAUUCCCAAAUCCUCCAGCAAUCCAGGUCUUGCUGUCUUUCCCCAUGGCCUUGGUCUCAGCAGGUGGGGAAAGUCUGAGACUGCAAAAAUCAGGCUGGAAAAGCUGCCUGAAGGGCCAUGUCCACAGCUCCUGGGGGAAUUCCAGCAUCUCUUCUCUGUGUGGGUUCCUCUGCCAAAAGAAAGACCUUUGGGAAACUGGGAAGUACAGCAGGUUCCAGCCCAGUGUGUGGGAAACGAGGCAGUCAAGAGCAGGAUCCCAAAGGAACUCCAGCAUCCCAAAUCUAUUUUCCCCUUGUCUGGUGGAAUUUACCCCUCUAGCCUUCCACUGUGUUUUUAUUUUUGGAAAGCACCAUUAAAAAGAAAAUUGCAGCUUUUUGUACUUCCAUAUUAGUGAUGUGGCUCUGUGUUUCCCUUCCUCCCUCGGUUUGGAAUAUGUCCAAUAAAACCAGAUUGUAAUGUA